AUGCGUAAGAAAGAAAAUGGUGACUUUAUAAUUUAACAGUCUAUAUAAUUUAAUACUUUUAAUAUUUUUGGAUAAUUAAGUGAUAACGGAGAUUAUUUGAUCACUUGGGAUUGUGGAUCAAAGGAAAUAUAAGUAAGAUAGUUUAAGGAAUUAUGA